CAUGCGGUAAGCUCAUUUUUAUACCUUCAUUCAUUUUAAAAUGCUUCCUUUAUCAUUACUUAAAGCUGUUCAAAACCACCCUAUGUUAGUGGAAUUAAAAAAUGGCGAAACAUAUAAUGGACAUUUAGUAAGCUGUGAUACAUGGAUGAAUAUUAUUUUAAGGGAAGUUAUUUGCACUUCUAAGGAAGGAGAUAGAUUUUGGAAGAUGUCUGAAUGCUACAUUAAAGGCAUUAAUAUAAAAUAUAUGAGAAUUCCUGAUGAAGUUAUUGACAUGGUUAAAGAGGAAACAGUCAGUGCUAACCCUAAACAAUUAACACGAUCAGGACCAAAAACAUUUGCUAGAGGUGGUGGCUUUAAAAACAAAGGAAGAGGUGGCCCACCUAAUGCCCAAAGAGGGGGUCAUAAUGCCCCUAGAGGUGGUCAAAAGAACACACAAUCUAGGCCUAAACAUUGAAUAUAUUUUCUAAAUAAUAUGUAAGAUUUGUAUUUAAAUAAAAUUUUUAAAAUUA